AUGCAGUCCGUAAUAGUCUUGCUGUUCGGCGACCAGCUGGCGUCGAAGGCAUCAGCUGUCGCCAGGCUCUACCACAUCGCAAAGACACGGCCUAGUCUGCAUGCGUUCCUGCGCGACGCAACCGAUGUGGUGCAGGUUCUCCGCCAGGACUUGCAACCGUGUGAGCGCGGUCUCUAUGGCGACUUCACCGACAUCCGCGAUCUCAGCUGUCGCCAUGAGUCCGCUGAGCAUCUAAACGAGGCAGUUGGCACUACUCUGACGACCAUCAUACAGCUGGGCGAACUUUUAGUGCUUGCUGAGAACGAGCCGGCCGUUUUCUGUACCGACAGCGGGACGCACAAUAUCGGCGUGUGCAUAGGGUUGCUGGCAGCGGCUGUUGCAGCAACGGCUACUACGGCCCAAGACGUUGUGCGUCUCGGCCUGGAAUGCGUAGCCAUCAGCUUUCGCCUGGGCAUCGAGCUCUGGCGACGAACCCGGUCUGUCGAGGACUCUCCGGAGUCAUGGGCAUGCACUUUUGUCGUUGUUGAUACCAUGCAACUCCAGCAACGCCUGAAUACCUUCAAUCACAGCCAACCCCUCUUUCAAACUGCAUACAUUGGUGUGCAGGCUUCAACAUGGGCCACCGUCUUCGCUCCGCCUGCCACCCUGAAGCGUCUUUUGGCUUCAGAACAGUUCAAUCAGGCUUCAACAUCCCGCCUUCCAUCAGCCAUUGCAGUUCAUGCUGCUCAUCUGCCUGCGCUACACGAUAACCGUAUAGUGGGAGAUUCGUCACUUCUUGAUACCCCCACCCGUAGCAGGAGUAUCUUCUCGUCCAGUACAUGUGAGCCGUUUGCCGCCUCGUCGCUUCGAGACCUGCUAUACCUGAUUAUCGCAGAUAUUGCUCAGCAUCCGCUGUACCUAGAAGAAACUAUCAAGAGUCUCGCCAGUUCACUGCAAGGACAAGAUAGUGCACGACUACUGCCCGUAGGUCCUACGCAUUCAGUAUCGUUCGUCCAGCGGGAGUUGCAGCGCGCCGUGUCAACCGUUACCAUCUCCCAGAUCGACAUCAAUGAUGUGAUGGACUCAGAAGGAUACCGGCGUGGCUCCGAUCGUGUAGCUGUGGUUGGCAUGUCAGGCCGUUUUCCAGACAGCGACAGCACCUCUGAGCUGUGGGAUCUUCUUAUGUCUGGACGCUCGGCACACCAACGCAUUCCAGAGUCAAGAUUUCCCAUUGAUAGCUUCCUUGAUCCAUCAUGCGAGGCACCUAUAGCCGUAUCGACGCCGCUCGGGUGUUUCCUAAAGAACCCUGGCGAGUUCGACAACCUACUCUUUUCCAUUUCUCCCAGAGAAGCUCUGCAAAUGGACCCGGUCCAACGGCUCCUGCUCAUGACGACUUACGAAGCCUUGCAAAUGGCAGGAUACUCACCCGAUGCGACGGCAUCGACCCUUCGCGCCCACAUUUCGACCUUCAUGGGCCAGUCUGCUGAAGAAUGGAAGGCUAUAAACGACCAAGAAGGGAUUGACACACACUACAUUCCCGGCACCAUGCGAUCAUUCGCUCCCGGCCGCUUGAACCAUUACUUCCGCUGGGGUGGCGGCAUCAUGAGCAUUGACACGGCGUGCUCGGCCAGUGCCACGGCAGUCCAUCUAGCAUGCAAUGCUCUUCUCACACGCGAAGUCGAUUGCGCCAUCGCUGGCGGAGGGCAUAUUUGUGUUGCUCCUGAGCUCUAUUCCGGCCUCAGUCAAGGCGGCUUUCUUUCCAAGACAGGGCCCUGCAAGACAUUUUGUGACGACGCUGACGGAUAUUGUCGUGGUGAAGCUGUGGGCGUGGUCGUUCUGAAGCGCCUCGAAGACGCGGUACGCGACAAAGAUAAUGUCCUCGCUGUUAUUCGUGGAACUGCGAGGAACACGAAUGCUGGAGCUGCGGGCUCGAUUACUUUUCCCUCGAGCGCCGCGCAAGCUGAUUUAUACCGCACUAUAUUGCAGAGCAGCGGCGUGGGACCGAACGAAAUUUCAUACGUGGAGUGUCACGGCACCGGGACUCAAGCCGGUGAUGGUGCCGAAAUGAGCGCUAUCAUCGAAACCUUUAGCCCAAACCGACCGAGUGACUUCCCGCUUCAUGUCGGCGCUUUGAAAGCUGCCAUCGGCCAUGCCGAGGGAGCAGCGGGUAUUUCUUCGUUGAUCAAGGCAAUAUUGAUGAUGCAGAAAAAGACCAUACCCCCUCAGCCCGGCUGGCCAUUCAAGAUCAAUCACAAAUUCGCCAACCUGGAUGCGGCUCAUGUCAUAAUCGCCGACGGAACCUCUCCGCUACGAGCUUCGCGAGACGGUAAUGGAUUGGCAAAGAUAAUUGUCAACAGCUUCGAUGCCGCGGGCGGCAACGUGAGCAUGUUGAUUGAAGAACCACUAGAAGUCUCGGACUGGAGAGUUCAGGACGAGCGCCUGCAUCACGUCGUUGUCUUCUCUGGCCGAACACGCACUUCUCUCGAAGGAAAUGAGGAACGGCUGAAAGAAUAUCUGCUUCAACACCCAGACACCGACCUAGCCAGCCUGGCAUAUACCACCACGGCGAGGAGAAUGCAUGAGAUGCACCGAUCCGCAUAUGUCGUGCAGUCCCUUCAAGAGCUGCUGGGCGAGCUCGGCACUGUUCAGAAAGCAACGCUGAAGGAUACUCAACUCCUGUUCUCUUUCACCGGCCAAGGGUCCAUUUACAGGGGAAUGGGUGCAGAGUUGUAUCAUUUGUUGCCUUCUUUUCGUUCCACGCUGGACUCAUUCCAAGACCUGUGCGAUGCCCAAGGUCUCGACCGCUUCCUUGAUCUAAUCAUCGACGCGCAGGACGUGGCCACGGCGACGGCAUGUCAGACUCAACUUGCACUGGUGGCGCUGGAAGUCGCCAUGGCCCAUCUGUUCCGCUCACUGGGACUGCAGCCGAAUCUGGUGAUAGGCCACUCGCUGGGUGAAUACGCGGCACUCUGUGUGGCGGGCGUCCUCUCCGUCAGCGACAUGCUGUACCUCGUCCACACGCGAGCCUCACUGAUCCAGGAACACUGCACGGCACACACAUAUUCAAUGCUGGCGGUGAACAUGUGCCACAGUGAUGUUGCAGACAUGCUCUGCAAGUCCAACUGCCCAACUUGCCAGAUCGCAUGCAUCAACGCCCCAGCUAUGACGGUAAUCAGUGGCAUCAACGACGAGCUCUCUGUGUUGCAAUCGACGCUGCAAAAUCUCGGCAUUCACACAUCGCUGCUCAAAGUCCAGUACGGCUUCCAUUCGAACCAGCUUGAGCCACUUCUUGAGCGCUAUGAAGAGGCUGUGGGUAAGGUGCACUUCAGUACACCCCGAAUACCAGUUGCCUCUACUUUACUUGGCAAAGUCGUUUACGACGAUGGAGUUUUCAAUGCAGCAUAUCUCCGGCGCCAGAUGCGUGAGCCGGUUGACUUCUUGGGUGCGGUACGCGCAUGCGAAGCGCAGAAACUGCUCCAGGCGAAUACAGUGGCACUUGAACUCGGCCCUCAUCCAGUCUGUACAGCACUCAUGGCCAAGUCUUGCUCCAACAAGGACUUGACCACUUUGAGUACUCUUCAGCAGGGAAAUAACAGCUGGGAGAGCUUUUCUAAUUGUCUCGCUGCGCUCCAUGUCGCGGGUCUGUCUGUUUGCUGGCGCUGGUUUCACCGGGACUCCGAGUCCUCUCUGCGGCUUCUGGAUUUACCCACGUACGCAUUCGAUUCCAAGACUUACUGGGUACCAUACAAGAUCAGACGUGCUCCAGAAGCUGUUGGGAAGGAAACAAUAUCUCCGCAGCAAUCGCUGCCUUAUGCCUUUUUGCAAAAUUUGGAUAGUCUGAGAUCUGACGGUGGGAAGACAAAAGCGACCUUCACGUCAAGCACAUCGAAUCCUGAGCUGACGACGGCUAUUCAAGGACACAUCGUGGGCGGCGUGGUGCUCUGCCCGGCAAGCGUGUUUGUAGAAAUGGCACACACGGCAGCAUCUUACCUUUGGAAAUCGACUGGUCUUGCUGGCGAGGGGUUCCAUCUCGAAAUCGCCGAUUUGCAGAUGACGCACGCCCUUGUAGUGCACUCAAAGAACGAAGAACAUCUAAUUCACGUCGAAUGUAGCAUGGAAGACACAGACACGGAAAUUUCUGUGUUCUUCUCUUCCACAAGUCCAGCGGGCGUGACAGCAAACCAUGGCAUUUGCAAGGUGCGCUUUAGCUCUGAAAGUACAUCAACGGUCCGUCAAUGGGGUUUCAUGGAAAACAUGAUACGACGCCGAGUAGACAGUUUGCUUGAGACGUCAAAGUCCGGCAUGACGCACCGCAUCUCACGCAAUCUAUUUUACAAGCUGUUCGAGGCCGAAGUUGAAUACAGCGAGCCAUAUCAAUGCAUCCAGGAAGCAUACGUGCCGCCAGAUUUCCAGGACGCCGUGGCUUCGUGCAUCUUGGAUGAGAGUGCGGGCAAUCAGGGCCAGUUUACCUGCAACCCCUUUACUAUGGACGGUAUCGUGCACUUAUCGGGCUUCAUCCUCAACGCCGAUCCUUCUAAGCAAAGGGACGUUAUUCACAUCUCCAACCGUAUCAGCUCCUUCCAGCUGCUUGCACCUAUCACCAGCCGUACGCAGUGUAUGUGCUAUGCUAAUGUGCGCGAGCAAUCCGCCAAGGGCGUUACCGUGUGCGACGUAUACGUCUUUGACCAAGACGGCCUCAUCGCCCUUUGCUCCGGGAUUACUUUCCAGCUUAUGACGAAAGAGAUAUUCUCCAUCGCCAUUGGACACUCAAAUGCCAGCCCUUCCGGUAGCGCACCGAUACCAAAAGCCGUUGCUGCACCACCUCCCGGCCGUGGACGCCGGCUUCGAGACUUUCCCGACCCGCCUUUGCAAGGCGCAAAUGAACGAGUGUCGUUGCCGGAGGUAGACCACGCCGAUACACUACUACGCAUCAUUUCGAAGCGGACGGGCGUUGGCCUGGACGAGCUAGUGCCGACAACCUGUUUUAUCGAUAUUGGUGUGGAUUCGCAGAUGAGCAUUGCCAUAACAUCAGAUUUACAGAAGAAGACUGGUCUACAACUCCCGGCGGCCUUCUUUCUCACGUAUACAACCGUGUCAGAGGCCAGAAAACAACUUACACAUGCAAAGCCCGCAAAUACAAGCCCACAACAACCGAGAUUGAGUGUUGAAUCACCGACUAUGAAGUCUAAUCCAGUUUUCGCGGAAACUGGCCGCGAAGCACCUUCAUCAACCGAACGGCGGAGCGAGAUUCUGCUCCGAAUUGUAGCCAGAGAACUCGGCAUGGCUCCGAAUGACUUGGCCGAUAUGGACGAUUUCGAAGCGGCCGGCGUCGACUCUAUGAUGAGCAUCAAAGUCAUGUCGCAGUAUAAACAAAAGACGGGCCAGGAGCUACCCGCGUCAUUCCUCAUGAACCACCCGACAGUUGCAGACGUCGAAGCCGAGCUGGACGGCGACCUGCCCAGCGCCGGUGCUAGCGUCUCCUCCAGUUCUAGUAGCAGCCAGGUGAUCCUCACGCCCCCGGUGGAAAUCAGUUCUAACGCUGUUCUGAUUCAAGGCAACCCAAACUCCAAGCAGCGGCCAAUCUUUAUGAUUGCUGACGGCCAUGGCUCGGCCGACGCCUUUGUCCACCUGGCCCCUCUUCAAAACAACCAGCGUCUCUACGCGUUAGAAUCGCCCUUCAUAGAAGACCCUGACGCCUUCGACAUGCCUAUUCCUGAUCUCGCCAAAGUCUUUAUCAAAACCAUCCGCCGCUUGCAACCGUACGGCCCCUACCUUAUCGGUGGGCGGUCUGCUGGGGCCGCAUACGCUUACGAAGUAGCAUACCAACUAGCUGUGCUAGAACACGAAACGAUUUCCGGCCUCUUGCUCAUCGAUAUGCGGAUUCCGCGCGCCAUUCCUCAAGCUCGUGCCAUCGACACGGCCUUUGUUGCCCGCGCUUGGCGCGUUAUCGUCGAGCAUACUAACGUCUUACUUGACCCGGGUGACCUCGCCCAUGCGGCGGCUACAAUUAAAGCUCUACACUCGUACACGCCUCGUCCGUUCCCGACAUCUGCGCGCCCCCAGCGCGCCGCCGUCGUCUGGGCCCGCUGGGGCGUCAAUGAGAAUCCUGACCAGACACUGCGCGAUGUGACGGUGCAGCGUCCGGCGGCCAUGGGCCCGACUCUCGGUGAAGUGGCGGAUCCGGCGACAGUCAGUACCGGGGAGUUCGAGGCCGAGUUCAAGUCCUGGUUCUGGGGAUGCCGGAAGUCGUUUGGCCCGAACGGGUGGGAUGGCUUGUUGGGCGAGGAGGUGUUUGUGCACACAGUUGAUGGAGAUCAUUUUUGCAUGAUGAAACCGCCGUAUGUGCGUUCGCUGAGCACAGUCUUGAUUCAUGAGAUUGCUGCCAUGGAACAGAUAAUGUAG